CCGCUCCAGCCGCCCCCGGGGCCGCCGCCGGCCCAUGAGCCCCGACCUCAAAGUUUGCGGCGGGCGGGCGGGCGCGGAGCCUCCAAGAUGCCGUUCCACCCGGUGACGGCGGCGUUGAUGUACCGGGGCAUCUACACCGUGCCCAACCUGCUGUCGGAGCAGCGCCCCGUGGACAUCCCCGAGGACGAACUGGAGGAGAUCCGUGAGGCCUUCAAAGUCUUUGAUCGCGAUGGCAAUGGCUUCAUCUCCAAGCAGGAGCUGGGCACGGCCAUGCGCUCCCUGGGCUACAUGCCCAACGAGGUGGAGCUGGAAGUUAUCAUCCAGCGGCUGGACAUGGAUGGCGAUGGCCAAGUGGACUUCGAGGAGUUUGUGACCCUCCUGGGACCCAAGCUUUCCACCUCGGGGAUCCCAGAGAAGUUCCACGGCACUGACUUUGACACCGUCUUCUGGAAGUGCGACAUGCAGAAGCUGACCGUGGACGAGCUGAAGCGGCUGCUGUACGACACCUUCUGUGAGCACCUGUCCAUGAAGGACAUUGAGAACAUCAUCAUGACGGAGGAGGAAAGCCACCUGGGCACAGCCGAGGAGUGCCCCGUGGACGUGGAGACCUGCUCCAACCAGCAGAUCCGCCAGACGUGCGUGCGCAAGAGUCUGAUCUGCGCCUUCGCCAUCGCCUUCAUCAUCAGCGUCAUGCUCAUCGCAGCCAACCAGGUGCUGCGCAGCGGCAUGAAGUAGGCACACGCAGUGCCUGGGGCCCACUCCGCACCCACGGCCGCCUGCAGUCCUCUCCCUCUCGGCUCCCGGGGCCACCGCCGCCGCGUGUACUCCAGGGCCUGGACGUCUGGCAACCCCACCCCACCCGCCCCUGCGGGCCCUUGCAUGGAGCCAUGGCCUGGCCGCGAGGUCCCGGUGGUGGCUGAGGUCACCCCGAGCCCCGCCCGCACCCUGCCACCCUGGCCUGUAUGUAGCACUAGCUCUUCCCUCCCACUGUCCAGGAGCUCCUGGGAAACUUAGGAGGCAUUCGUAUAGGGUCUGGUAGCCGCUGUGGUCACUUAGGCAGGAAGGAGCACCCUGUGCCCAGGGCCACACAGCCAACCUGACCCUGGUCCCUGAGAUUUGCCCAGGGCUGUGGGCAGGGUAGAGAUGGGGGCAGAAGGCUUCCUCCUAGAGAGGGGGUGAGGCUGAGGUCUCCUGGGCCCUACUCCCUGGCCCAGCCUGAGGAGGCCCUUGGCCUUCUGUGGGGUCCCUUUCUCUGACCCUCCUUAGACUCAAACCUAGCCUUCCUCCAUGUGCCCAUUGAGGCGAGAGAAUUUGCCCAUUUCACAGAUGAAGAGCCUGAGGCUGAGGGCCCCCAGAUUCAGUAUCCCCCUUCAACAGGGAUUUUCAGGAAGGGCAAAAGCUCACAGCAGAUGGGGCAUCUGAGGUGGCCCUGCAGUCUCUGCACCCUCUGAGCCCCCCUGCCAGAGGCCCACUGGCCUGAGGCCCACCUUGCCCACCAUUACCCAGCACAGAGUCUAGAACUGGAGUACAGCGAGGAGGGAAGCAGACCACGGGCCCGGAGGCUGCACAUCACCUGAGCGGCCUGUGCAAUCUCCUCAUCAGCCAGGGGGCUCCUCCAGGGCAGAAGCUUUGGGAGGGGCCCUGGGUCAUGUUGGGCUAAGCGGCUGGUGUAGCCCAGGAAGCUCAGCCAGGCCACUCCCCCAAGUCCAGGGCGUGUCCUUCCGGGUCCCCCAACUUCUCUACACUGUCCAGGCCAGAGACACAGCUCCUACCACGCCCCAGUUGUGCCAUCUCACGUUCAGGCACCAGCUCAGCGUGGGCAGACACGGGGACUGGGACAGCAGAUGGAGUCCUCAAGCUCCUCUCUCAGAUCUGGAGCUCCCUUUCACGGAGGUGACCAUCUCAGCCAUACUGGCACACCCUGUGCCCAGCCGUGCUGAGCCUCUGCCAGCCCUCUGAGGAGAAGGGCAACAGCACUUCUCACCUAGCAGAGGACUUCAUCUCAACCCCAGUCCUGCCUGUCCUCUGACCGGGGCCGGGGCAUGGAGCUAAGGGCGCCGGGCAAGGAGGAAGCCACACCACCAUGGUGACAGACUUUCUUUAUAAACAUCCAGAAGGAAGUUUUACCACCCAUCUUCUCAAGAUGUCCCAAGAGGGAGGGAGGAUGGAGCUGUCUGGAGCAGAGCUAGGACCAGGGCUAUACCUGCUGGGGCAACUCUGGGGCCUUAGUCAAGCCAGGCCCAGCAGCAUGUGGUUUCAGAGGCUCCACAGGGGGCAGCAGGCGGGGGAGAGGCCCUUGGCAUCCCCAGUAGCCCUUAUCUUUAUUGUGACUGACACAAAAGCUGACCAGAUGGGGGUCAAAGUGGGGAUGAGGGGCUCAGCCCCACUGGACGCUGGGCUGCAGGGGCCACCCCCCGGGUGGGGGUGCCCGCAGGGAUGGAGGCAGCUCCUGGACUGGUGGCCAGCCUAUGGGGUACUGGAAGAUGGUGCUUCUCAUGGGUUCAGCCCUAGAGAGAAAGAGAAAGUCAGAGAAUUAGAAUGGGGCCCUGCCCAGGCCCCGGGCUGGGGCACCUCCCUCCAGCUCCCCCUCCCCACCACCCCAGCUACGGGAAAGGUCAGCUGCUUGCAUGACCUUUCUGGAAGGCAGAGCCUCAAAAACAUGCAGACCCUUUGAGCCAGUAACCUCACCUCUAGGAAGGAGCCCAAGUGAAAUAGCAGGGUUGUGGGCAGAGACUGAGCUACAAGAAGCAGAAAAAGCCUGUGUCCACCUGCGGGGGACUGAUUAAAUAAAUACACAUGCACGUCCACAGCAAAGAAUGCUAUGCAGCCCGCAUAAGAAUGACGGCAGACUUGUAUGCACUGAUAAGGAAGGUGUCAUGAUGUACUGUGUGAGAGAAAAAGCAGCUUAUAAAAUAAUGUAUAUAGCAUGAUACUAUUUUUGUUUAAAGAUAUAUAACAUAUAUAAAUGCAUAAAAAAAAAAACCUGGAAGACACAGCAAAAUGUUAACAGUG